GCUACGUUCGCCGCUGGGGGGAGGAGCUGAGAGGCAUGAUGAACACGUUCGUUGUCGCGGUGAAGUCCGUGAGCCGCAAAAGUGAACUCGUGUGCGGCGUCUUCUGGCCCAAGCAGGUCUACGAGCAACGCGAGGGGCACGCUCUUCCAGCGUCAUUGGUGACGUCCCACAUUCAUAACGGCAAAGAGAUGAAGGGAGUCUUCAGGAACGAGGACGAGUUCGGGUGCCCGCCUGGAUGUUACCGCGUGUCCGAAGAGUCGUUGGAGAAGGUGGAGCAACACACUAUGGUCGAGAACGACCAGACAGCUGCUCGUGGGCGGACACAAGUCAACGAGACGUACAGGGGCCUCGCGCAGGUGGCAGCUCUCGGAGUUAGUGCGCAGCAGAAUCCAGAUGGCGGUGCUUGCGCGAUCACAGUGACUGGCGGCUCAUUCUCAGACGACCUGGACAUGCUUUUCACGGAUGUCGGGCCCCACGGUCGCCGUUCGAGUGGUGGCGGCCGCGGUGGCGCUGGCAACCGCGGCGGCGGGGCUGGUCGCAGCGCGGGCAGAGGGCGCGGCGGCGGCUGUGGCGGCGCUGGUGGCGGCGACCGUGGCGGCGCGACUGCCGCGGCCAACUUGCUGGCCCUCGCGGGCCAAACGCUGCUGAAGGCCACCCAGACCGUGUCAAUGCUGACAGACGGGAAUCUGAACGAGGGCGUGAACUCCAAGCGGAUCCAGAAGAUGAUCGCCGAAGUCGAGAGUCGCAUGGUCGGUAAAUACACCGCUGCAUUUGCUGGCGACCUGGUCCUGCCCGGCGCAG